UUGUGCAAUUUACUUAGAUCGCUCAUGUAAAGUCCCGUUACUUUACUUUCGUAAUUCAUUUAACAAAGGCAUUUAUUAACUAUCUUCAACGGUGAACCACGGCUUGUGUCAAAGCCCGUGUCGGGAAUCAUCAAGCGCCGUGGAGUUCAGUGACACCGUUACUGAGUCGAACUUUGUGAUUGUAUUUUAUCGAUUUUAAAUUUCUUGUGCAACACAUUGUUUUUAUGCUGUUUAUUUAUUAGUGUGGUCGGGUAGCUGGCGAACAAGCAGGGGGAUUUUCGUGUGGAAGGUCCAAGCAAGAGUAAGCCGUGUCUUGGGGUAAAAGCAACCCGGGCACUACGGUGGCCCCUGACACCCCAGCGCCAGCGCCCCAGCCCCCGGAUGUUGUUGCAGGGGUGCUGGAAAUGACUGGCACCGACAACAUCCGCUUCAGCGGGCACACCCUCGACAAGGCCACCAAGGCAAAAGUGACCUUGGAGAACUUCUAUACGAAUCUCAUCACACAACACUAUGAGAGAAAACAAAGACUUGAGAAACUUGAGGAGUCCCUCAAGGACGAGAGUCUAUCGGAGACUCAGAAACAGGAGAAGCGUCAACAGCAUGCGCAGAAAGAGACGGAGUUCCUAAGGCUGAAGCGUUCUAGGCUUGGAGUCGAGGACUUUGAGCCUUUGAAGGUAAUAGGUAGGGGAGCGUUUGGUGAAGUUCGACUAGUACAGAAAAAGGAUACCGGUCAUGUGUACGCCAUGAAGAUACUCAGGAAAGCAGACAUGCUUGAAAAAGAGCAGGUCGCUCACGUCCGAGCUGAACGUGACAUACUAGUCGAGGCGGAUCACCAGUGGGUCGUGAAGAUGUACUACAGCUUCCAGGAUCCAAUGAACCUAUAUCUUAUUAUGGAAUUCCUCCCAGGAGGCGACAUGAUGACAUUACUCAUGAAAAAGGAUACCUUGAGCGAAGAGUGUGCUCAGUUCUAUGUAGCUGAAACCGCUCUAGCUAUCGACAGUAUACAUAAGCUUGGAUUUAUCCACAGAGACAUAAAGCCAGACAACCUGCUACUGGACGCUCGCGGUCAUAUAAAGCUGAGCGACUUCGGUCUUUGCACGGGCCUCAAGAAAAGUCAUCGCACCGAUUUCUAUCGAGAUCUCUCUCGAGCUACGCCUUCCGACUUCAAUUUCUUUUCAGUAUCGACGUCAUCAUCAGCGAUGGACUCAAAGCGUCGCGCCGAGUCCUGGAAGCGGAACAGACGAGCGCUCGCGUAUUCGACCGUCGGGACGCCGGACUACAUCGCACCGGAAGUGUUCCUGCAGACGGGAUACGGACCUCAGGCUGACUGGUGGAGCUUGGGAGUUAUUAUGUACGAAAUGCUGAUCGGAUAUCCGCCAUUUUGCUCCGAGUCGCCUCAGGAGACGUACAGGAAAGUGAUGUCUUGGCGGGAAUCCCUUACUUUCCCUCCCGAGAUACCGAUCAGUGAGGAGGCCAGGGAGACAAUUCUACGCUUCUGUUCGGAACCUGAUCGCCGACUUGGUUCACAAAGAGGCAUUGAAGACGUGAAGUCGGUUUCGUUCUUCCGCGGCGUGGACUGGAGUCACGUCCGCGAACGCCCCGCCGCCAUUACCGUCGACGUGCGUUCCAUCGACGACACGUCCAACUUCGACGACUUCCCCGACGUCAAACUCGAAAUACCAUCAGCGCCCAUAUCCCAGGAGGGUGAAGUCGCUUAUAAAGAUUGGGUGUUCAUCAACUACACGUUCAAGCGGUUCGAGGGUCUGACGCAGCGCGGGACGCCUACCAAGAAAUGAGUAUGAGAGCAGCCUGCCCCCAGACCGGUGUACGUUGACAUACCCAGUGACCGUACACCGAUCAAAUGUUGCACCAUUGUAUAAGUUCAUGGACACAAUAUUCAUAUCUCCAUUGUCUUUGUAUAUAUAAUUAUUGUCUUUGUCUUUCAAUAUUAUAAUUUGUCUAUUUAAAAGAAAUUAAUGUAAAUAAUUGUUUCGAUUCUGUUGAAAUUAAUUUCUUCGAUAACGUUUACUGAAGUUCGUUUUUAUUUAUUUAUACAACGUAAUGUACCAUUUACAGUGGAGAUUGAUGGUGUAGACUUAUAACCGAGAGAAUUACCGCGGAAGUGCAACAUUAAGACUUAUGAUAAUAGACAGUGUACUGUCAUAUAUUCGGCUUACAAUUAGUGAUUCCUGGGUAAAUUGUACAUACCAAAUUCUUAAGUCGAAUGUAUGUGUGUCAAUGUACCGGUUGUUUGUAUAAAGUUGAAUGAAUCGAAGGGUACAACUCCCAUAAGCGUAGAGCAUUAUAUCAAAUGAAACUUGGCCCCGUCAAAAUGAAUAGUAUUAUGUACUAGUACAUGACUAUUACAAAUGCAAUGGAAAUUAUAUUUAACCGAGAAAUAUAUAGAUAUUUUAUAAACAAUUUACUAUCUCUAAAACAACGAUGUUCAGAUUCAAGGGAUCAGUUCGUCCGCAGAAUAAUAAUAAAUUCAAGAGUAUUUUUUAAUAUUUAAAUAUUAAUUAUGGAAAUACUAUUUAAAAAUCCUUGUAGUUGCUCAAAAUAUUUGAUCUUUAUAAUUGUACAAUAAAUUCGAAGUAUUAUUUCUAAAAUAAAUCGAAUCGCACAAUAUUUAUAUUUUUAAAUUCUAAACAAAAUCUUAAAAAAGAAAUUGAUUAUAUAUUUACAUUAAUAAAUAUAUUGGAAUUAAAAAAGUACGCAGUUACUUCAAUAUUUUUAGCACUUUUUUUAUUUAUAUUGUUAUUGAUGUGUCUUUACUUGAAAGGAUUCUCGAAUAUGACGAACAUGUAUACUUAUAAACAACGUUCUGAUGAUAUCGCUUAAAGGGAAAUCGUUUGUCGUGAAAAGCUGAGUUUCAUUUGAAGAGUUCUUUGCUCUGCGCUUCAUGUAAAAAGAUAUUACAAACAGGCAAAUUAUACCGAGUGUGUAUUACCGAGCUAUUUAAGCUCCUAAAUUACUUCUGAGCUCACCCAGGCAAAGUUAGGUUCUUCAUUGUAUUUGCUCAUAUUAACAUCCAUUUUUAACGAAAAUGGUUAAACUAGUUCGUAGUGUGUACAUUCGCGUUUCGCUUUUAUUAUAUAUUUAUUUCUAUACGCCAAAAAUUACAUAGAAAUUCCUUUUUGAAAUUUAGAAAUGCAUUAUAUCUUGCCAAGUAGUUAUUUUAUACUCACGAGCGAGCACUGACCACAGGUCGAGCGCGACCCGACCAAACGCAUGUCCUAGCGUCUUUAAUACUUAUGACAGCAUUCGCAUUUAAAUAAUAUAAUUUGCUAUGUAUUUAAGUAAAUGUAAUUUUGAAAUAUACAAUUUAGUAAUGAAUCUAUGCAAUACUAAACGGAUAUAUUGAAUCAUUGAACUAACAUCGAGUGGAAUACGAUUAACAUUUCUCCAAUAUCCUCGCCGAUAUUUCAGUGUAUGAGAACUAUCACAAAACGAGACUUUAAAUCGAUUUUAUAUUUACUAGUCCAAAAUGAAAAAGCGACAUCGUGCUAUUAUCAAAAAUGUUUGUCCCUAUAGUGAAGUAUUCCAAUCCCCUCUACACAGAUAUAACAUUAAAUGUUUAUACAAAAGUAUUUAUGUAUAUAAAGAUAUAAUGUAUUAUUGCUCAGAAUGUGUUGGUAAAUGAAAAUGCAAUAGAAUCCGUCCAAAACUUGAGUUACUAUCGAAUAGCAGGUUAAUGAAAUAAAAUUAUAAAUUAUAUGAACUUGUAAUUAUUAUUAAUUUCGAAAUAAAUCCUUAUUUAAUAUAAAAAAAUAUUUAUUUUAGUAGGGACAAACAUUAUUGAUGAAAAAUAUUUACUAAGUAUACAAACAAAAUUGCAUUAUUUUAUUGCACGAAUUAUAUAAUUUGCGAAAAUUAAAUGAACUAAAGCACAACGAACUGUAUCGUAUUAAUUCUGCCGGAUGAUUAUUCAUUUUUCAUCUUGUUCCUGACUGUAAUAUGAAGUUACCAAAUGAAAAUAAUGAAUUCAAUGAGUUGAAUGUAGCGGAAUAAUGUUAUUUGAACAAAUUAGAGCUUUUAAUCCUUUAAAAUAAGGUAUAAUAUUGAUUAAAGAAAUGUCUACGAAAUUGUCUAUCACAUUAGUAUUACUGUACUUCCUAGCUAAAGAUUAGCGCCCUAUAUUACUUAGUGGUAGUUCUUGCCUGUAGCGUAAGUACAAAAGUAAGAUAUUUUGGAUUUCUUCUGUCGAUUGAAAUACAGCCAUGGAAGGAAAGAUUGCCGAAUUCGUCUGAUCUUUUAAUUUCUGACGUUGAAGACUUUUCCACACUCGCUGACAAUUACAUAACAUUUGUUACUUAAUUGGAACUGACGAAAAUCGAUAUUUGCGAAUAAUAUCGUCACUGUCAUCACACAAUAGUCCAAAGUAUAAGAGAUCUAUACGUAAUAUUUAUCUAAAGAUUAUUUAAUAACGUAGAUUCCUUACCUGUAACGAUAUUGAAUAUGAGAAUUUAUAAGUAAGUGCGUACACAACGGUCUGUUCGAGAAAUGAACUAUGUAGAUAAUAAUUAACUGUUUAUUGUUAUACAGUAAGCACUUAUAAAAUACCUUCAGUAAUGUAAGACAAUUUGUCGAUGUGUGCGGACAGAUCAUUUGUAAGGUCGUUAUCGUGAAACGAGCCUAAGGUAUUGCAAAGAGUUUAUGUAAGAUUAUUAACGCAUGUACGAUCGAAGAAUAUUACAUGAAACGCUAACUGGCUUACAUAACAUACAUUGGCAUGUAUUUACUGUUUUACGUAAUGUAAUAUGAAUGUCCAUUCUAUGUAUUCUGUAUAUCAGUGUUCCCGGAUGAUGACUUGUAAAGUUAAGACUUUUUUUUUUGUAUAAUGUCCUAUGUAAGCAUACAAUCUGUACACGUUUGUACGAAACCUAUUCCUGUUUUUAUUUCGCUUUGAUAAUUAUUAAUGUAGUGUAUUGUAGAAACAUUUGCGUAGUUUACUAAUAAUAUGAAAUCGAUGUUGUAUAAUUUCUAACUGUAUCAUUGGAUUAUUUUCAUUUUAGAACUAAUUAAUUAUAUUAUUUAGUUAAAUUAUUUAGUUAGUUUGAUAGAUGUAUUCGCGUUUUAUUAGUCGCGUUCUGUGUACGACGUAUCGAAUUAAUGUUCUGUGUCGAAACUGAGAUAGAUAGAUAGAUAUAAUGAGUAUUGUUGAUUGUCUUACAGUGGUAAAAUUUACAUGGUAUAGAAAUUUUGACAUUAUCCUCAAUUUAAAUAAGGUUUGAAUUAAAAUAUCCUUGAGCUUACAGUAACAUUAAUAGUAUCACCGAUCUAUCCUCAGUGUUGUCCCAUAGCGUUAACGUUUAAACAUUAUCUGUGUAAGCGAAGGUUAAUUAUUAAGCUGAUUUCGAAAGUUUUCCGAUAUGUAUGUGUUGUAGGAUUAAGGCAUGCUGUUAUAUGGAACGCUUACGCAGUUUUGUUAUUUGAUGUUUUAGGGAGACACAAUUAUGUAAUAGCCUAUAGUGGCUUUAAGGUCGGGAUGCACCUGCGCGGUCAAGCAAACGGUAUUCUCAAAACGAACAUCCGUCGACCGUCGACAGAACGAACCUUUUUUCACUCAAGAUCUUUCACUUAUAUAAUCUCUUUACCAAUGAUAAAUGUGAAAUUUAUUUCACAAAACAAUACUAUCCAAGUCAUGUUCGUCAUAUUAUGGCUUUAUCACGUGCAGAAACCAUUCUUAUAUUGUACACUUAACCUCGCAGGUUUGUCCGUAGCUUUAGGGCGCCCGAUUAAGACCAAGAUACUAUUUGGUCACCUGGAUAUGUAGUGUUUGCAAAGUAUUUGUAAGAUUGGCUUGACGAUUUUUCAAUCGCUUAUCAAAAUCAACUUAAUAAACAUAUAUUAUUAAAAUUAAAUUGCAAUUUCACAAGUUUAUUUGUUAAAACUUAUUUAUUUACUUAGUUAAGAUGAAAUCAAGUUAACGUAAGAUAUUUGCUUUCUUAUAAACAAAAUUAUUAUGUCAUUAUUUCGUUAAAACGAAUUAAUUUAAAAUACUUUGUUAGUCCAAGCGAGACAGUAAUAAUAAAAGCGAGAGAAAGAUAAUGUGAUAUCUUCGCUACGUAUCCAUGUACAGUCGGCAUAAUAAUGUUUAUUACCUAUGUUACGUGCACUCAUUACAGUUCAAUGUUCACACUUUCUAUGGAAUAUUAUCGCUUCGGUGUGCAGCGGCCACGGUCGCUUGUUUAUUCAUUGAAUUUAGAUGUUUGCUUUGUUAUUGUUAUUGAUAAAAAAAAAAGAAUUAUUUAAUUUCUUAAAUUGUAAGUUUUGAAAAUAUUUUGUUUAAUACUUAUUGUUUCUUCCAUGUGAUUUAAGAAAGUGGCAAUACAAAUAAUCAUUAAAGCGAUGUGAUUUUUUUUUUACUUAUUUGUUAUAAUCGUAGACCAAAAGGUUUUGUUUCCUCCAGUAUUGGCACACUGGACAAACUUACCUGCUAUAAGUGCAAUAUGGCAGCGACUGUUAGUGCACUGGAUUGACGUAUCAGAUAAAAGGCUUCAUUAAAAAUACUUAA